UUUGGCCGAUCAAAGUAGUUUUUUGAAAAAGAACUUCAAUUAGGACUAUGGUUAAUAUCACAUAAAUAUGAUUAGCACAGUUCUGACGAGGCAUUAUGACUACUGUUAAUAUCGCAUAAGUGUGAUUAAGCAAUUUCUGAAGUGACAUUGUAACUUCCAAAAUAUAGCAGAUGACAACCCAGGAAUACAGUAGGGCUGAGUAAAUUUCAUAUCUGGAGGUCAAAAUGCUACCUGGGGAGGGUUUAGUGGUUGAAGUGAAUUCCAUUUCUGGGUGUAAAGUGGCCCUAACCACGGUUUGUCGUAUAAGCGUUACUGGGUUAACGCAUUAACUUGGUUGGCUCGAUGCUGCUUCUAUAUAAACCUUCUGGAAUUGACGGGGACGCGCCAAAGAGUUAUACAAGUUUGCAUUUUGGAAAAAGAGAGAAAAAAAAAAAAUGGUGCAGAAUCCCGCUCAGCUUGACCCCUGUAUGUAACGUGCCAAUGCUUGUUAUUGGUGUCAGAUUGAGCAUCAGCAUUUGGCUAAUACGUUUCAAUUCGGUAUGGGUAUAGAAUUCGUGUAGUUUACUCUAUUGGGUUCUUAUUUUUUGCUUCAUAUAUUUGAAUUUUGUGGUUGUUAGGAUUGAUUUUAGUGGGUUUUUUUGUGCUGGGAAUUGGGUUUGGGUGCUUUUGAAUGCUUUUUAGACGAUAGGUUGUUGGUGUUGUCAUGGCAUUUGUUGUUAUCUGGGUGCAUGCGUUACUUGCUGCUCUAUUUAGCCGGGUGUGCUCAGGACCUGUUUGUACUUGAGCUUUCUUAUCUGGCCGAGUUCUUAUCUUGCCGAGUUCAGUGUCUGUUUCCUCUUGAAUUUGGUUUCUGGGUAGGUCUGGUUUUGAUCGUUCGAGUUCUUUGAUACAGAAUUUGAGAAGGCUUGUUUUUCGUCUUUGCUCUCUCACUCAUUAUCACAGGUAUGGUUUUUCUUGUUCUAUUUGUUCUUAUCUUCUUGUUUGGAAUUGCUGACCACUGAUUUGAAGGUUUGAUUUGCUUUGAGCUUCAGUGGACUGUUCGAAAAAUAUGCCUCCGUGCAAUUUUUAAUAAUGUUCCUUUAAUUUUUGGUUUGUUGCUUCAUAUAGGAUUUAUAGCUGGAGAGUCAACUGGUGAGGAUACUGAAGACUUGCUUCUUUUAUUGUUCAUAAAAUGGAUGAAAUUCCUGAUGGUGGUAGUGGUAGCGAGCAAGGGCCUUUCUCUGUUUCACCAACGGAUAAGGGAAGUAAAUACAGGAGAAAAUUAGGAGAUCCAUCUAUAGGGAACUCAAUUAGCAUGCCCCAGUGCCUGGCUGAGUUCCUUAGGUAUGAAUCUCCUAAUAUAUCUCAAAGCUCUCCCAGUGAAUUCGCUCUGGAUUCAAGGUUGCAUCAUCAGCCUAAGGGAGGACCAGAGCAAGAAGCAUUUGGACCUGAUUAUUGGGAUGAUCCCAUUGCAUGUCAGCUUGAAGAACUUUUGUUCUCCAAUUUGCAAGUGGCUUUCCAAUGUGCAAUUAGGCGGAUGGCUCAAUUGGGCUAUAGCGAGGAGACGGCUAGAAAACUUGUUUCAAGUGGUGGCUUUUAUCAACAAGGUAAAGACCCCGUGAUGAAUAUCGUAAAUGAUUCUCUGAAGGAUGAUUUUACUGAACGGAGGAAUGUUAAUAUUUCCAGAAAUGACAUGUUUGAUAAUUUAAAGCAACUCGUUGAGUACACCAUGUUGGAAAUUAUUGGUGUAGUUAGGGACGUUAGACCAUCCCUAUCCAUUGGGGAAGUAAUGUGGUGGUUGUUGAUAUGUGACUUGAAUGUUUUACAAGCCAGUGCACUCCAAGUAGAUCCUUCAAGUGCUUUUGGUUGUAAAGAUGUUUCAGGAGAGGGCUCUGAUCAUGCCAUUUCCCAAUUCAGAUCACAAAGAUCCGAAACAAUUCUUCCAAAUCCGAAACAACCGAAUGUUUGGAAGCCUGGUGCUAUAAAUCCUCUGCCUGAAAAUCUGAAAUUUGGAAGUUUCCCAGCUUCACCAAAACCUAAAGAUCCUUGUUCUCUGGAAGGGGUAACCGAAGCAGAAGAGAGUCUGGUUUCCUUGUCAUGCACUGAAGGGAAAUCCUCAGGUCCCACUGGGGAAUCUGUCCAGAUUACAUCACCAAUCUUGACUUCUGAUGAAAAAUCAAAGGGCCGGAUGAGGAAAGAACUUGCAGCACUUCGGCAGAGGUUCCUUCAUAUGGAGAGAGGUGACAGGACGUUUGGGUCAAGAGGUGGUUCUAGAUCAGGGAAACAUGCUAGCUCUGUCGGUUUUGUCGUGGAGAAAAGGCUGAAGCCACCAUCUGAACUUCCUGUUAUACAAAUGAAAAAUGCAUCCUCAAAGAAAAGCUCAGAAGUUCAAUCUGAAGUUCCUUUAGCAGAUGGAAGUCGUCCUGUAAACAAGAGUCCAUCUGCUUCUCCUGCAACUGAAAACAAUUCAGGGUUACGUAUUAAAGACACCAUAUCUGUGUUGCCUACUGCUGAAACUAACCUUUCUUUGUCAUCGACUUCCGAAAUGAAAUCCGACCCAAAGCCCCAGAUCAGUAACUCUGAGGGUCCUAAAAUUCCUGAUUACUAUGCUGGAAUUCCAUAUGACAAGUCUCUCGGAAAGUAUCUCCCUCAAAAUGAGAAGGAUGAAAUGAUUUUGAAGCUGGUUCCUCGGCUGCAAGAACUACAGGAUGAGCUACAAGGUUGGACUGAGUGGGCCAAUCAGAAGGUUAUGCAGGCUGCUCAUAGGCUUUGCAAGGACCAGCAUGAGCUGAAAGCCCUGAGACUAGAGAAGGGAGAAGUAGAACGAAAUAAAAUAGAGAAGCAAAUGGCGGAGGAGAACACUAUGAAGAAACUGUCUGAGUUGGAGAAUGCCUUGAGUAGUGCCAAUGAACGGUUUGAGAUUGCUAAUUCCGCUACAGACAAGAUUGAGGAGGAAAAUUCAGUGCUGAGGAGGGAAUUAGAGGCAGCUAGAUUUCAUGCUCUAGGAUCAGCUGCAAGUUAUCGAGAAGCGGUGGAGAGGGAGCAGAUGGCUCUGAAGAAGGCACAAUCACGGGAGGGUCAAAAGGCGUUGUUACAAGAAGAGCUUGAGAAAGAGAAGCACAAGGGAGCUGAACUGCAGCAGAAAUUAGGCAAAGAUAAAAACCUUCACCGCCAAAUUGAGGCCAGAUGCAAACAGGAGAGGACAACGAAGGAGAAACUACUUGCACAGGCUGCCUCCAUUAAACAGGAAAGGGAACGACUUGAAGCUAAGGCAAAAGCACGGGAUGAAGUGACCAGACAGAAAGCAGAAAGCGUUAUGCAAGAAAAUAUGGAAGACAUAAAAAAGCUUGAGAACAAGUUAUCUGAAAUGAAACUCAAGUCUGAGUCUUCCAUGAUAGCUGCACUUCGGAGAGGUAGUGACGGAAGCUAUGGCAAUAUUGUUCCAACAACAGACAGCACAGGUUUCCAAGCUAUGCAACAAAACCGGAAUCCUCAUGUACUUAAUAAGGCUGUGAAUUCACGGAAUCGUUUCGGGACUGGCCGCUUAAAACAGGACCGGGAAUGUGCCAUGUGCCUAUCCGAUGAUACUUCUGUUGUUUUCCUUCCAUGUGCACAUCAGGUUAUGUGUGCAAAAUGCAAUGAGCUCCUUGAGAGACAAGGGAUGAAGGACUGCGCUUACUGCAGGACCCCAAUAGAGUGGAGGAUCAAUGUGCGUUUUGCUCGUUAAAAUUGGCUUCUUUUUUCUGUUCCUUUUGGGUUUUUAAUGUCUCUUUACUAGUGGGCUGUCCCAAAAAUAUAAAGAAAGAAAAUAAAAUGAAAAGGAUACAAAGUGAGGGGAAAAAAAUGUUGAAAUUGUCAAGAGUUUCUUUGAGAAGUGUAAAGCAAAGCUUUAUAGUUAUAUCAAUAUAUGAAAUGAA